ACACUAUCGAUGCACUUGACCGCUUUCUUUCAAAUUCUUUUUUUUCCUUUUAGCAAUUUGGUUUUUUAGGAGGGAUUUACUUGUUUGUUUGUUGACUUGUUGUCGUUUACCACUGCAUUGCCCCGCUCAAGGUCCCUCCUGAGGUGUGGAUGAGUUCAGGCCCUGAGUCGAGGGUGUGCGUUCUACCAGCUGAUUGGUCACCAUGAGGAUCAAGGCUGCCCUGCCCAGAUAUGAGCUGUACUUCUAUAACACUGUGGUCUAUCUGAGCAUGUUCUGGGCUGCCAGCUGGAUCUUUGACGUGUCCAGCUCGAAUGCCAACAGAAAGACGUUCAAGUCCAGUGUGACCCCAGGAUGGUACUAUUUCAGCAGGAGGAUGGAUACGGCUGACUUUGAGUGGGUGAUGUGGUUCUCUACAUUCCGGGACCACAUCCUCUUCGCCCUGUCUGGUCAUGUGAUCUUCGCUAAGAUCUGCUCCAUGCUGGCUCCACAGCAUAGGUCCCUGGUGUACAUGGGUUAUGGUAUCCUGGCGGUGCUGGUCUCUAUGGGUUGGACCUACACCACUCUGAUCCUGUCCCACUGUGUACUGCUCUACAGUAUCUCUCUGGUUAAACUGCGCUGGCUCUGCUUCCUAGCUGGUCUCACCAUCCUGUCCACAUUCAAGAUAGAACCAUUCAUAUCCUGGCAGGCUGGUUUUAUGACGGGGGGUUUUGAGCUGCGCUCCGUCCUGUUCUACGGUGGCUGUGGGUUCACCAUCAUGCGCUGUAUGAGUUUUGCUCUGGAGAACUGUGAGAAGAAAGAAGGAAACUACAGCAUCCUGGAACUCCUCAAGUACAACUUCUACCUGCCUUUCUUCUACUUCGGACCCAUCAUGACCUUUGACAAGUUCUACGCUCAGGCCAACAAGGCUGACCUGACUCGUAAGGAUGCAGAGAUGUGGAACAUAUCCCUUCAGGGUCUUAUUCACCUGGGGGCCAUAUUAACGGUGGACGUCUUCUUUCACUUCCUGUACAUCUGCACCAUCCCCACCGACAUGAAGCUGCUCAAACACAUGUCUGACUGGGCUGUAGUUGGUCUGGCCUACUAUAGCCUGGUGUAUGACUGGGUGAAGGCAGCGGUGAUGUUUGGGGUGAUCAACACUGUGUCUAGACUGGACCAUCUGGACCCACCUCAACCUCCUAAAUGUAUCACAAUGCUCUACGUCUUCUCUGAGACACACUUUAACAGAGGAAUAAACGACUGGCUGUGCAAGUAUGUGUAUGAUUACCUGGGAGGGAAGCAUGACAACUUGUGGGACGAGGCCAUUGCUACGCUGUGUACUUUUGGCAUCACUGUCCUGUGGCUGGGACCCUGUCAGGUGGUGUUCAUCUGGGCCUUCUUCAACUGCUUCGGACUGAACUUCGAGCUCUGGACCGCCAAGUUCUUGUCCAUGGAACCCUUCGCCUCUCUAGAGAUGGCGAUGUCUCCUGCCAUGUCUCGUAGGAUCAGAGCUGUGUUCAACGCCUUUAACUUCUGGACCAUCGUUCUCUACAACGUCAUCGCUCUCAACAGCCUGGAGUUCACUAAGCUGGUCGCCAAGAGACUGCUGCUCAAAGGCUUCCCCAUCACCACCAUCACUGUCCUCAUAGUGACCUACUGUCUGGUCCAGCUCAUCAAGGAGAGAGAAAGGAGACAGGCUCUGAUCGACGACCCCGACCCCAUCCCCCCUCCUGCCCCUGUCCCUCCCCCUGCCACCAGCCUGGCCACACCCACUGUGGUCCCGCCCAAAGUCCCCGUCCAGCCAGUGGUGGACCCAAGCAAGGAGAAAGCCGAGUAGUGAUUAGAGGCUGGCAAUGUCAGUCAAAGUCCCAACUGUCUUUAUGAGUCAUGCUUUCCACUGUGCAGUCAUGGAAAUGACGAGGCUACAGUUCAUAGACAAGGUAUAUUUAGACGUUCUUCAUAGCAAUGAAAUCUAUUGAGCAGCAAUACCUAUCUACUGUAAUAUCUAUAAGCAGUAAUAUCUACUCCCACCACAGUGUUAGGGGUCUACUGCCUGGAACAAGCUGACAGUGCUGUCAUCAAUAUAGAUUUAUACAAUGUUUUAAACUGAAGUUAUGUUUCAUUGCUAAUCAUGUAAAAGCGCCUUUAUUGUAAAUAAAACCCACUGAUGCUCUUAAGAUGUGGUUUAAACGAAGAUACACACCUCUAGGUGAAGAAAGCCACUCCUGCUCUGUCAAAUGUACUGGACAUCUAAGCAUAAUAUAUUGAUUGAUUUACUGUAUACAUGACUCCAAAUCAAAUCAAAUGUUAUUUGUCACAUAUGCCGAACACAA